AUGUCCUUCGUCAAGGGAAGACUCACUGAUGAACAGAAAACACGAAUAGAAGCAAACAGACAGAGGGCCUUAGAGAGGCUAGGAAAGAACAAGCCUUCCACACUGACAUCCUCGUCACAGAAAGUUCAACAAACUUCAACCCCGAAUAUUUCCUCUGGAAAUGAUAACGGCAAAAAACAACCAUCAAAUGAAGGCUUGAUUAAAUCAUUCGACCAGAUUAGGAAUUCUAAUAUGGAUCCGAUGUCUGGUGCAUUCAAUCAAAGUGAACAAGCAUCGAAACGGCCAAGAAUAGAAUUAACGCCCGAGCAGAGGCGACGAAUAGAUGAAAAUAGAAAGCGGGCUUUGGAGAUACAAAAAGAGAAACAUAAGAAUAAUCGUGAAGCAACCAAGACGUAUCUGGACCCGGUACCUGUGUCGAAUAACGUGAGGCUUAAUAAGGAGAAAAUUGCUAAACCAACUGAAGGAGGUAUUAAGGCGUCUAUAAAGAAGGCAGAUUAUAUUGAGUAUGACUUUGCUACCAUGAAGGAUACAAGGGGUGGGUUUAUAUCACUAGAAGAUGCCCCGAACCCUCUUUCUGCAAAUACUGACAGCAAAACCCUAGAAGAAUGGAAGGAGAGGCAGAAACAACAACAUGUGGUACGAGACUUGGCGCCUCCUUUGGAUAUAUCGCAAGCUCCCAAAUGCUACGAAUGCUCAUCACUAGAAAUCGACCCUAAUCUCUAUCUGAAUUUUAACCAAGUAAGGGUAUGCCGACCAUGCCAGAAAAAAAUGCCAGAAAAAUAUUCUCUUUUAACCAAGACCGAAUGUCGUGAAGAUUAUUUACUCACAGACCCAGAGCUCAAAGACACAUCAUUACUUCCGCGGAUUGAAAAGCCUAAUCCCCAUGGGUUUUCCCGUAUGCAGCUAUUCCUACGUUUCCAGGUAGAGGAAUUCGCCUGGAAGAAAUGGGGCUCUUCAGAAGGGUUGGAUAAAGAAUGGGAGAGGAGAGAGGCCAUGCGAAUCCAGAGACGCGACAAAAAGUACAACGAGAAAAUCACCGAAAUGCGUAAAAAGACCAGAGCAGAAGAAUACACAAGAAAGCUUCGUAACGGCGAGGCCUUAGGCGAGCGUCAUGUCCACGACUGGUCAGCGCCUUUGGCGGUGCCAGGCGAUCUCCAUACCGUCAAAAGAAGAUGCAUAGAUUGUGGUCUCGAGACUGAAGAAAUAUUAAUGUGA